ACAACGGAUUAGUGCGUCUCUCUCUCUUGUAGAAUGAACACGGCGAAGAUUUCGUUCUUUUCUUGUUCUCCAUUAUAUUGCAAGUUCUUGCAAAAUUAUAAGAUUUAAAUUUGUAUUUUAAUCACAGACAAAAUACAAAGGAGCAGUGCUUGAUAAAACGCGAUCGUGAAUCGACGCAGUGUCAAGAUUUCUUGCGUGAAUAAAACUGCAGUGAUUUUGAAAGAUAUAUUUAAUUAAGAAUUUGUUAUGCCGGUGGAAUUGGAAUCGAUGGCGCCUAUCGCUCACAAAACCAUCUCUCACAAUGGAGGGAAAAUGAAUAAGUUGUGCCGUCAACUCUCGAUCGAAAGCCCGAGCGUGACCGGUCGGGACUGCGUCUUCAGCUUCGAUGUGCCCGUACCGGAUGUGCCAGCGCACGGUGCCCGUAUCCGGGUGAUAUGCGCGGGUGCAUGUUAUCAUCCCCGACGAUCGUCAAGCCUGACCAGUUUGACGUCGGUCUCGAGCGGUAGCAGCCUGGCCGCCGACAUGUCAAUGGAAAGCGACUACCCGGUGUCCCUGCCGCAUCAUGGGCUGCGCGAUGCCGCCCUGUUCCCUGGCUACGAGGUGGCCGGCGUGAUCGAGUCGUUCGGCACCGAAGUGCCCGAGGAUUGCGGACUCGCCGAGGGCGACCGCGUUAUCCUCUAUCCCUACGAUGGCAUUCCCAAUGGCUACGUCGAAUACCUGGUGGUGCACGAACUCAAGUACCUGAUUAAAAUCCCGGACAAUAUGUCGCUCAGCGUGGCGGCUAUGUUGCCAGCUGGGGCGCUCCUCGCCAUGAACACCGUCUUUGCUGCGCACGAACACGUGCAGGCAUUGUUGAAAGAGAGAGGUGAAAAGAGCGUGUGCAAGAUUCUAGUAGUUGGCACAGGUGGUCUUGCUUUGUGGGCUCUUAGAAUUGCGUCGUAUCACUUCAGCAACAUGAGAGAUAGAGUUACUACUACGAUAGCCACUCUUAAAGAUGACGGUCUCCUCAUAGCUCAAGAAUUCCAACGAGUGAGUGUAGUGCAAUGGAACGAAGACCUGUACGAGAAACAGCUGAUCGAGCGCACGAUGGAUGCUUGCGGUGGCCAGGUGGACGUGGUAAUCGAUUUCGGCACAACUUCACGCAACCUCCAUCGCAGCAUGCAAUGUCUCAGCAAAGGCGGCGUAGUGUUCGUGAUUAAGGAGGUCGCCGACCGGCUGUUGCCCAAGUUCAGCCGACGAGCCGAGGAGCGGCAGCAAUCCAUCAGACCGGUGGAACUGGGCACGCUAGAGCAAUUGCGAGAGCUCGUGCAACUAGUCGCUUCCGGUGAGAUUGAACCGCCACCGCACACCGUCUACCCCGCUGAGGAAGCCCUCGAUGUCGUGCAAAAGCUUUGCCAUUCGGAGAUUCAAGGUCGCGCGAUUCUCCGCUUCUACCCCGCGGAUUAGGAGAUUUUUCGCCGAGAAAUUUUCCGCACUCGCGCGGAUUAGGAGACAGAUUCGAUGACGACGACCGAAGAGUCAAGAUGCCGGCCCCGGAAGAACUGUGAUGACGAUUAUGAUGACGUGCGUUUAAAGCUGAAUUGGGCUAUCGUGAAGGAAUAAUUAUUAACGUAUUGACAGCCAGAAUUUAGAUUAGGCGUUGUGACAAUGCAUAUGUCAUGCGGAACGAAGAUAUAAGAACAGGGAAGGGGGGUCUUAAUUGAGUGAAAUUCGACGAUGCGAUAACUUGAAGAGAUUUAAUCUGUCGUAGAUCUCACAGGAAUCACGCGAGAGUUUAUAGGACACCUUGUUACGCAUAAUGAAAAAAACGAUCUCCCGGUUUAUGGUUGAUCAAGCAUUAAUCGUUGACUCGAUAAAUUAUCGUCUUGUAUUAGCAAUGACACAUGCGAAUUAUAUUUGAAUUUUAUCGAGUAUUUUUCGUGUUGCUUUUUUUAAAGUUGCUACCAUCUUUAAAAGAAAGAUCUCAUCGUAUAAUGUAUGAACCAAAGAGCUUUUUCUCGCAGGAGAUUUUUUUCUCGUCGAAAAUAUUUAUUGAUGAAAUGGAGCAGGCUAACUUUCGUUUAUCAUUUGAAGGAUUGACAUCUCUUUCAGGCAACAAGCAACUAGUGAACCGAGAUAAUAUUCAGAUAAUAUGAAAAAAAACAGCGUGACAAAGAAAGACAUUAUCGGAAAAUGAUGCUAUUUUUUAUGAAUGAGUGUCUUGAAAAUUUUUUUAAGUAUCUUUUAAUUUUUUUUUUUUUUAUUAAUGAGUGUCUUGAAUAUUUUUUAUCUAAUGCGUUUUUUAUCAUGACAAAAUCAGGAAUAAUAGUACGAUUUAUGCGUGUUGAGUUUGAUGAAGCGUGCAGGCAAACAAAAUAUUAUAUCUUUAUGGAUCUUUAAACGAAAAUUAUCAAAUACGGAAACAUAAAACAAUACAAUUGUUGUUCGACGCGUGUUUCCUUAGAAUGAGCAUGAAGCUUCGAUAUUAUCGUGCCAGGAUUAAAUAAUAAUGCGCACGCUAAUUUCAACUUCCGUCGAUGUACAUUGAAACUUUUAUGAGUUUCUUUACCAAGUACGGACAAUUACAAAGAAUCAUACUUAUACUAUAGCUGAUAUGAUUACUUAAAGUCGUUGGUACUAGAAAUAGCAAUAGAAAGGUUAAAGGAUUAGAACGACUUGAAAUAAUCAUAUUAACUAUACUAUACAUUGUAAUAUUUACAUAGUUAAUAAUGGCUAUUUAAAAGCCGCUGAUGUAUCUUUAAAAAUGUCAAUAACAUGGAAAGGAUUAAAGCGAAUAUUUUUGCUUAAAACGAAUGUCGGAAGGAUUUUUUUAUGUAACAUAUUUUUCAUCGGUAUCACUGCUGCGUAUGCGAUUGUUGAGGAAGGUAUAUAUUUUUCGUCGCGUAUAUAGAAUAUGUGAUUUGAAACGAGAUUUGGAUUUAAUUUUAAGUCUUUGUUUACGUCAAAUAUGCACCAUAUCAUAGACAGUCUUGUUGAACUCUAUUUGAACGUGACAAGAGGACUGGUUUAUAUAUGUUAACAAUAUAUAAAUUCGAUAUAAACAAGGAAUCUUAGGAUUAGGUAACAGAUCACCGAGUAAAUUAUUCGAUGAGACCGCAAACCAGCGACUAAAUGAUAUUCGUUACGAUGUUAGUCGGCAUUUGCCGCUAUUUUUUCUAUCAUUGUGCAAUAUCGCGACAUUCUUACAAUUAUUUGAAAUAUAUAAAAUCAUUACUUUAUAAUUGCUGCGUUUUUUCGAUAAAUAACGCAUCGACGAAUAUUGUUAGCGCAGUAGAAAAUACUGGUAGGACCCAAACAAGUCCGAUAUUUAUGAGCACACUUCAAUGCAUACUGCAGUGAUAUCGCAACACAAGAUCAAAUAUGUGUAUAUUUAGUGUCAAUUCAGAAUAAUAAUCGGUCAUGCCUGUAUAAGCUUAGAAUAAGUUUUCCGUUAAGCUAAAGAUAGAGCAAAGAUUUGCUCGAUUGUAAAAUGAAAUGUCGAUAUAAUGAGAUAAUCUUAAAAUGAUAUAAAACUCGAUAAAUACAUGUCUACAAAAUUAUAAGAAUGUAAGUGACAAACACUAAGCUGUCCUCGUAAGAUGUGAAUAUAAAAAAAUUAAAAAAUUAAAAAAAAA